AUGACGAGCCUAGAGACUAGUCUGGCACAAUCUGGACUCCAGCAAACGCCUAUAGCACCUGAGCCUUCGGGGGACGAGCAUGAACCAGAGCCGGAAGAAUCCCAGGCGGGGUACGAUCCGAUGGACGUGGACCUCGAGGUAAUACCCGAGGAAGAACCAAAAGAGGAACAACCCGAGGCAGAACCUGAAGAGGCUCCAGAAGAUGAGCAUGAGGAUGAGCCGGAAGAAGAACCGGAGCACAUACCCGAGUAUGAGCAAUGGAUUGACCCCGAGUUUGUGCCAGAGGACGAGUCUGAUGAGGAGCCAGUCGAGGAGCAGCGAGACGAGGUUCCAGCGGAGUCGGGUGAUUUAAAUAACUCGAUUGAGAUCGAGGCCGAACCGGAGUUUUCAGAGGAGUAG